UAGCUUUAUCAUUACUGUUAACUGUUUUAAUAGUAUGUGAGACAAAUUUGUAAUAAUCUCACUGUUAAAUUGUAGGCUAUACUUAUAAAGGAAGGUGCGUAAUAUGUACCAGUCCCAUUGCGCAAUGGAAUGGCACUUGGUUUCCUCGUCAGGAUAAAGCUUAUCGCCAGAAUCUUUAUAGCUAUUUUUGACCAAAUCCCUUCACUUUGUUUCAGUUCAGUGCAGUAUGCUUGUCUUGCUAGAUCGGCGUUAUCUCCAGUUUAGACGUUUAUCAGCCUCUUCGCAUGUCACGUGCCUCCGCUCGUCCAAUAAUAGUUGGAUCUUGACGCACACGGGACGCAUGGGGAUCUGUUACUCCACUGAUCCACUGCUUCCCUUUCAGUCUUGGGGAAUUCUAAAAGAGCUGGUAGGCUCCAUGUAGGGCGUGCUAUGACCGCGUCUUUACUCCUCCACUCCUGCUGGAUUGACCCGGUGAUGUUUCUCUAUGACAACGGCUUGGAUGAUAUGAGCAAAAACAUGGAAGGAUUUCUGGGAGGCAAUUUUGCUGCUAACCAGUGCAGAAAUCUUAUUGCCCACCCGUCUUCUUUGGCCCCGAGCACAACCUACACGUCGAGUGAGGUGCCAGGAUCGGGCAUGGGGGAACCUGUCAAGCAAUGCAGUCCGUGUUCAGCCGUACAGAACUCUCCCAGUGCUUCUUUGCCCUAUGGAUAUUUUGGCGGCAGCUAUUACCCGUGUAGGAUGCCCAAGUCCUGCACGCAGCCCACCUCCUAUGGGGAAAAAUACAUGGACACGUCUGUUUCUGGAGAGGAGUUCCCUUCUCGCGCUAAGGAGUUUGCCUUCUACCAGGGUUACUCGUCUGGCCCUUACCAGCCUGUACCGAGUUAUCUUGACGUGCCAGUCGUACCUGCGCUGAGCACCCCUGUGGAACCCAGACACGAGUCUCUUCUGCCGGUUGAAACGUACCAGCCCUGGGCAAUCACGAACGGAUGGAGCAGUCCGAUGUAUUGCCCUAAAGACCAAACGCAGUCAAACAGCUUAUGGAAAUCGUCUAUUCAAGAUUCUGUCUCGGGUACCGAUGGAGCCUCAGUGCGUCGAGGGAGAAAGAAGCGGGUUCCCUACACCAAGGUCCAAUUGAAGGAACUAGAACGAGAAUAUGCCACAAAUAAGUUCAUUACUAAGGACAAACGAAGAAGGAUAUCUGCUCACACAAACCUGACCGAGCGACAAGUGACCAUCUGGUUUCAAAACAGGCGGGUGAAAGAGAAGAAAGUGGUCAUCAAGUACAAGGGCAUCAGUUAAGGUCUGAAAGAAU